UUCUAACUGAUUCUAAGCAACUCCCGAUCAGCAACAUGAAAGUAAUCAUUGUAUUGGCUGCCUUUGCCGUCAUGGCCUCCGCUCUGGAACUCACCGACACCCAGAAGGCUGAAGUCAAGGCCCGUGCCAAGGCUUGUGCCGAACAGGAGGGAAUCACCAAGCUCCAGGCUGUGGCUCUUCGCUCUGGAAACUUUGCCGACCCGGAUCCCAAGGUCAAGUGCUUCGCCAACUGUUUCCUGGAGAAGAGCGGUUUUGUCGCCAACGGACAGAUCAAGCCCGAUGUGGUUCUGGCCAAGUUGGGUCCCAUCGCUGGCGAACAAAAGGUUAAGGAGGUUCAGGCCAAGUGCGACUCCAUCAAGGGAGCCGAUAAGUGCGCCACCAGCUACGAGCUGUACAAGUGCUACUACAAUAACCAGGCUCAGAUCUAA